AUGUCAUCUGACAGUUAAAAAAAAACAAACUUACACUGUAUUACAGCAACAACAAAUAGUUUAAUCUCAAAUUUCUUUGUUUUUAUAACAGAAAAUUUGUUCAUUUAGUUAUUAUUUACCGUCACUUAUAAUAGAAGGUAGACUUUUAACAGCCCUGUUGCACUACUUCGCCAUUUAACGUACUAUUACAACGAUGGAAAGACGGAAAGCUAGCCCAGAACAGUUAAACAUGCUUUUACAUUUUCUAGAAGAAGACAAGGAAUUAGCAAUAGGGAAAUUCACAGGUUUAGAAGGAAGAAUUCGUCAAACGAAUGCGUGGAUUACAAUUACUGAAAAACUUAAUGCUAAUUCCGGGUUUGGCUCAGGUGCAAUUAAAACACCUGAUAAAUGGCAACAGACAUGGAGAGAUUGGAAAUCGAAUGUCAAGAAAAAGGCAUUUAAAAUAAGAAAAAAUAGAUUUACACCAGGUUGUAAUGCUAACAUACAACUAACCGAGGCUGAGGAAAAAAUAUUAAGACUAAUCUGUACAAACACUUCAGUUUUUGGCCUCUCAGGAGUACCAGAAACUUCAGCAGUUAAUGCAAUGGCACCUACACAAAGUUCAGGGCCUACAGAUGACAUGUGUGGUUCUGAUCCUUCCACAAGUAAUAUGAAAUGGCCAUCAGACUCUCAGCACUUUACAGCAGCAGAUAUAGAAAUGAGUCUUGGUGAUGCAGUAGUUACAGACCCUGAUGCCGGUAUGGGACCCAAUGAGGUGUCCUCGGCUCCAGUCACAGGGAAACCUCUAUGGAAGCGAGGAAGACCAGUCAGACUUGUACAUGACAGACUUCUGAACUUAGAAGAGGAAAGAAUUAGAAUAGAGAAACAGAAGCUUUUAGAGAAAAAAAGGUGUAACAAUAUGAGACUUAAAAUGGAAAAAGACAGGCUUGAGAUUGAAAGACAAAGAAAUGUUCUGUUAGAGAAACUUUUGGUAGCUGUGGAGGCUGUGGCGCAUCGAUGAUAAUAUAAGAACAAGUUAUAUAAGCACAACUAUAUUUUUUUACUCGAAUAAUAAUUAUUAUUAUGGACUGCAAUAAGAAUUACAUAAUUGAGCAAUUAGUUUAGACUAAGUUUGUGAUAUUAAAUUUUAUAUUAGUUAUAAGAUUUUUGAAUUUUUGGUAGUUUUCAUGCGUAUUUUAAAAUACGUUUAUUUGCCGAUUUCGGUAUGAUAAACUUACGAAAACAAUCAAGCCCAUGACUCCUCUAUUUUAAUCAAUCUAUCGUAGAUUGUUCUUCAUGUGACAGUCUUUAUUAGAUUGAUAAUUGAUUGCAUCUAAUUCUUAUUCUUCUUGCAAUCAUUAUUUUAAUAUUAUUUGGACACAGGAAACAUUGUGAUUAGGAUUCUUUAAAUAAUAGUAUUAGUCGAAAAAUCUGAUUUUUAUAUUAGACGAGAAU